AAGCUUACAGCCAAAAGUCAGUGUCUCAGAAAAUUAGAAUAUUAUAUAAGAACAAUUGGUAUUUUGGCAGUCGGCGAAGUCCUGCUGGAAAAUGAAAUCUGCAUCUCAAAAUCAUCACUGAUUGGUGGAAACUUCACACUAGACUUUAAGCUGCUUGGACUGUAUCUCUCCACUCUUCCUCCAGACUUUUAUUUAAAAAAUAAUUGUUUUUCAAAAUAAAAGUUCUAAAAGUUCCGUAUUUAAACUAAAGAAUCAGCUUAUAUCAGAAACAGUUGACGUAUUUCUGUGCUCUGUUUGGAGAGAGAGGAUUGGCUGGAGAUUGUUCUAAAGAAUUAUUUAGUUUUGGAAACACUAUCAAUCUGUUAUAUGUUUGACAUACAGUGAUAAGAACAGCUGUGAAAUCCGAUAUAAUUAUCAUAUACAUCUUGUGUCAUCUAUUUUAUUAUAGUUAGUAGUUUUUAUUACAACUGUAAAGCAGAAAGCAGGUGGUGACUGUCGGGAAAAUUAAAAUAAAGUAAAAUUAAAUCAAAUGCAGUGUUUCUAAUGGUUACUUUUUUUACGGUGAUGUUUGUAUAGUGAUAUUUUAUUAUUGCAAACAGUAAAAUAUUUCACAUCAUUACCACACUGGUAACGGGUGGGUUUAAAAUCAGAGUGCGGUGUAAUACCGCUUCAGUCCAGCAGGGGCGCCAGAGCUAAACCUGGGGAUAAAAAUGAGCAGAAGAAGAUCCGCAGUGUUUCUGUAGAGAAUCAGGAUCUGCUGCAGGAAUUAAUAACGUCCUCACUGUCCUCCUGAGAUCUAAUUUAUUUCCCUAAAUACAUCAAAUAAUACCUUAAAUAAACAUGGUCUCUAUAAACUCUAAAAAUGAAGGAGCUUCUUCUCCCUCUCGCCUCAUUAACGCUUCAGUUGUUGAAAAUAAAGAAAAACAAACAGAGAUAAAGAGAUGUUCCCAGUGUUCAGAGUGCGGGAAGAGUUUUACUCAGCAGAGUUCCCUUAAAGCACAUCAGAGAAUUCAUACCGGAGAGAAACCCUAUCACUGCUCAGUCUGCGGGAAGAGCUUUAGAGAGGGCUGUUCCUUCAGGAAACACCAGAGAAUUCAUACUGGAGAGAAACCGCAUCACUGCUCAGACUGCGGGAAGAGUUUUCGCCGACUGACUCAUCUCCGAAUUCACCAGAGAAUUCAUACUGGAGAGAAACCGUUUCACUGUUCAGACUGCGGCAAGAGUUUUAACGUGAACAGUAAUCUCCAGAAACACCAGAGAAUUCAUACCGGAGAGAAACCGUAUUACUGCUCAGAGUGUGGGAGGAGCUUCAGAACUAGCGAUUUCCUUAAGAAACAUGAGCGAAUUCAUUCCGGAGAGAAACCGUUUCCCUGCUCAGAAUGUGGGAGGAGCUUUAAUGAAAAAGGUCAACUCCAAACGCAUCAGAGAAUUCAUACCGGAGAGAAACCGUAUUACUGCUCGGAUUGUGGGAGGAGCUUCAGAACGAGUGACGUCCUCAAGACGCACCAGCGAAUUCAUACCGGAGAGAGACCGUAUUACUGCUCAGACUGUGGGAGGAGCUUCAGAGCGAGCGGCGUCCUCAGAAAACACAACUGCCAUCAUAGAACAGAAGCGGCGACACAACACAGUGUGGGCGGAGCCUCAGACACUGAGAUAUUCUGCGUACCUGUGAAGGUAGACUGAGGCUGUAAUCUGUUCUGAGGCGAAUCGGGGAUCUCUCUGCGUUCGCUCAGUCGUUUAGCGUAAACUACUAAAAACACUCGCCGACGAGCCUGGCAAAUAUUUGUCAUGCUAGAUAUCUGACUCAGUCAGAGACUGGGAGUCAAAAGCAGUAGCUACCUACAGCAGCCAAUGGGAUCACAUAGAGAUUGUGGUAUGUUACUGGCAGCAGUGGAUGAAAGAAGCUGAUGUGUUUUUUUACCAGACUUUUAUCCUUAUUUUUAAUGAUGAGUCUUGGUUUUGUUUUGGUAAGGACGACCAAAGAAUCUGUGUGGAGGAAAUACAAUCAGCACCAACAAGAACAAUUUGUUGUCAUGAUAAAGAAGACAACAACAUGCUGAGACGUCUGGCAUGUUUCUUCUUAUAUGUCAGGUUAGCGCCACACGAUUUUAACCUAGUUUUUAGUGUCGCCAACGCCGGCAACAAAAAAUCUGCUCUGAGGCGAAUCGUGGAUCUCUCUGCGUUCGCUCAGUUGUUUAACGUAAACUACUAAAAGACGUUCGUCAAUCCAUAGCAGACUGAUCUUGCAGACGCCCAGUAAAUAUUUGUCAUGCUAGAUACCUGACUCAGUCAGCGACUGGGAGUAGUAACUACCUACAGACAGUGGAAUUAUGUAGAGGUCCAAAACUCAUCUCCUCCAUUAGCAGAGCUGUUUAUAUGGAUAUCCAUAUAUACAUUUAUAUAGAAAUAUAUAUCUGUUCCCCUGUUAGAUCAGUAAAUCACUGUUAAACACAAGAGGGAGCUCCCGAGUGAGUCCUCUAUGAAUGAAGGUGAAUGGAGCUAGAAGUUAAUAUAAAACUAUAUUAAAAUAGUAACUAAAUGCUUAUUCUUAGUAUUCCUUUCAUUUCAGAAAGUAGAACAAUGUGUUUUACUAAAUAAACUAAGAAAUAGUGCCUGUAUAUUUCAGUUUAUCUACAGAAAACACAGUAUUUACAGUUUGACUCUGUAAAGCACUAUUGUGAGCUGACUGAAGCUGGAGUUACAGUCAGAGCACUGAGUUUAAAAUGUUUAUAACUGGAGUUUAAACCCCUAAUAAUUAUGUAUAAUUAUAUGAUAUAGUUCGAUCUUGAGGACAUAAGUACAUAUUUUAGUGUUAAACUGAUCAGCUAUUUAUAAAUUCUGAUUUUACUCAGUUGCUUCAUAUGAACUCGUUCAUGUUGGGCUCACUUUAAGUGCGUAUUCUCCUCUCUGGUUUGGCAUCACUAGAUCUCCUGUGUUUAGUUCUGGCAUGUUCUCGAGAAUCUGGUGAAUCAGUGAUUUCCCAUUGUAAAAAAUAGUGUAAUUUGUGAUCCCGUGUCACUAAUUAAUUGUGUAGUGUGAACCUUUAUUAGCCAACAAGGCAGCCUGUCCUGAUUCUGAGAGACGCUACUUCUGUGUAUGUAGUGUAAAUAAAUAUUGCCCAUAUCAGUCUAAAUGUUUUAUUCUGAAUGGCGCUGCAGCUUCAGAACCCUAAUUGUUUUUUAUACACAGCUUGUUGUUUAGCACUGCUAUAAGAUGUAUUGUAAUGUGCAUGUAAACAUUCUGCAUCAUUUAAAAGUAAUAAGUAAAAGUUUUCUUGUUUGUAAAUAAAUCAUUUAGCUUAUUGUGUCUCCUUCAUUUUUGUAUAAGUACAUAAUUAUUUUGCACUCCUACAGAUGAGAUACUAUCACUUGUGUGUAAAAAAUGCAUUUUGAAUAAAUAAACAAACAAAAAAUAAA